CUGGAGAGCAGUUUAGGCACUUGCCUGCAAAGCCUAAAGGACCCAUGUUGAACUUUCCAUAUCCCACGUAAGCCACAUGCACAAAGUGAUACAAGUGCGUAAGGUCACAUAUGCGCACAAGCUGGUGCACACACCUGGAGUUUGCAGUGGCUGGAGGCCCUGGUGCACCAAUUCUCUCUCAGAAACAAUUGCAAAAAUACAUAUAAUUACAAUGGGGCUGGGGAGAUGGUUUGGAGGUUUUAAGUGCUUGCUUGCAAAGCUUAUCGGCCUCAGGGCCUCAGAUUCAGUUCCCCAGCACCCACAUAAACAAGAGACCAUGAGGCACCAUAUAUGCAUAUACACACUUGCAUAUAAAUAAAAACCUUAUUACCAUGGGCUGGGGCCCUUAGCAACAGAGUGCUUGCCUAGCAUAAGCAAAACUGUAGUCAAUCCUCAGCACCAGUACUUACGUAGGUACGUACAUUUUCACAAAGAUUUGAGUAGUCUAGAAUUACCCUUUUGUCCAAAUAAGUUAAGAGUGUGAAUGACUGGCUCAGAUACAGUGUGCAGUGAUUUGGACCGCCUUUCAUGUAUGGCCCCAGGCCACAGCCCGCCCCUAGGGCCCGCCCACCGUGUAGAGCGCCCUCGCAGUUCCUGCGCGGCCCAGGCUGGAGUUUCCUGCAGCAUAUCUAGGCUCGGAUCCCUGGCGCUGGGACAGGCUGUCCUCAGACCUCGGCCGCAGGGCCCUGGCCGAGAUGCCGCCCGCAGCUCGCGCCCUGCCGCCCGCGGGCUCCAGAACGCCGCCUCUGCCGCGCGCCUGCCGGCGCGUCAGCGCCCCCAGACCCACGGGCCCCGUGCUCUCCCGCACACCCGACCGCCUGACCCUGGGCCCCGGACCCUGGCGCCUCUAGGCCAUGAGGCCAGCACCCGCCGCCCUGCAAGCCAUCCCCAGCCGGGAGUGCCCGGGACUCAGCGCAGGAAGAUUGUGUUUGCUGAUGAACUGUGCCCUCAGAUCCUGCUGAACCCCAGGAAGCCUCUUGGAUCGCAGAUGCCUAGCUCCCCUUCAGUGCCCGACUAUGAGCUUAAGUACCCACCAGUGAGCAAUGAGAGGGCACGCAGCCGUUAUGUUGCAGUGUUCCACGACCAAUACGCAGAAUUCUUGGAGCUCCGACAAGAGGUGGAGGCCACACAGGACAAGCUCCAACAGCUGGAGGCACUGCUGAUGUCACUGCCCCUACCACAAAGCCAGAAAGAGGCCCACGUUGCCGCUCGAGUCUGGAGAGAGAUAGAGAAGAAGCGAAUGGUGCAGACCCUGCUGCGCAGCCGGUGGCCGGCCACUCUCCGCUCCACUCUCUAUGGGAGGGACGUGCAAGUCACGCCCCUAGCCCAAUCCAUGCGCAACCACGCCUACCUGGAGGCCACCUCUGGAAGCGAAAGUCAGUGGGGCCCAGAACAGUGGGGGUAGAGACUGAGGGCAUGGCAAAACCAGGGUGGAGUGGGAAUGUGGCCCGGAUGGCGGUGUGGCCUGAGGUGCACUGUGGCUGCAUUGUGGGCACGGUCUCGGGGAUCUAUUUGGAGCGUGACCUGGGCAAGGUCUUGGGCUGAAGUUGGGCGCGUGACCUGAAGCAAGUUGGGGUGGGGUUCGGUUCGUAAGCAUAGCCUGAAUUACAAGUGGGGGCCUGUUGGUGGAUGUUAGGGCGCAUUUGGCGUGUGGAUAUGACCUGGAAUGUGUUGGUAAAGCAGAGGGCGUGGCCUGGGUCCCCGCCCCGCCCGCGAGGCUCACCCGGCGUGAAGAGCGCGAUGGCCUUGAGGCAGCCGAACUCGGCGGAGUCGACCUGAAGGCGGCCCAGCUUGUCCACCUGCUCCUGAAAGGCGCGCAC